AUGAAUGGACGAGUGGAACUGGAGGCCACGGAGCAGUUGGAGGCCGUGGAGCAUUUAGAGGGCGCGGAGCUGCUGGAGCUAGUCGGACGGAGCCUUUCAUACGGGCAGGGCCUUAACCGGACGCAGCGGGUAGCGUUCGCCAAUCAGGCGGCGCGAAUCUUCCCGGUUAAGCGAAAAACGCCUAACAAGGCUAGCUGUUAUAGAGAUGUUUCCACUGAUGUUACCACCCGCUUUACCUCCGAUGCUUCCACCGAUGUUACGUCCGACGUUACCGAAGAUGUUACCAAAGAUAGUACCAGAGAUGGUACCACCGAUGUUACAACCUAUGUUACCAGCGAUGUUGCCAGCGGUGUUACCAGCGACGGUACCACCGAUAUUGACACUAAUGUUACCACCGAUGCUUCCACCGAUAAUCACAGAUAUAACCAGCGAUAUCUUACCAGCGAUGUUACCAGCGGUGUUACUAGCGAUGUUACCAGUGAUGUUUCCACCGAUUUUACCACCGAUGCUUCGACAGAUGUAACCACAGAAGUUACAAGCGAUGAUCUUACCAGCGAUGUUACCAGCGGUGUUACUAGCGAUGUUACCAGUGAUGUUUCCACCGAUUUUACCACCGAUGCUUCGACAGAUGUUACCAACGAUGUUUCCACCGAUGUUACCAUCGAUCAUACCACAUAUGUUUCCACCGAUGUUACCACCGAUGUUACCAACGCUAUGACCACCGAUAUUACAACGGAUGUUACAAGCGGUGUUAUCAGCGAUCUUACCAGCGAUGUUACCAGCGGUGUUACUAGCGAUGUUACCAGUGAUGUUUCCACCGAUUUUACCACCGAUGCUUCGACAGAUGUAACCACAGAAGUUACUAGCGAUGGUACCACCUAUGUUACCACCAAUGUGCCAACCAAUGUUACCACCAAUGUUACCUCCGAUGUUACCACCUAUGUUACUAACGAUGUUUCCACUGAUGUUACCAUCGAUCAUACCACAUACGUUUCCACCGAUGUUACCAACGCUAUGACCACCGAUAUUACAACCGAUGUUACAAGCGGUGUUAUCAGCGAUCUUACCAGCGAUGUUACUAGCGGUGUUACUAGCGAUGUUACCAGUGAUGUUUCCACCGAUGUUACCAUCGAAGUUUCCAUCGAUAUUACCAUCGAUGUUUCCACCGAUAUUACCACCGAUGUUACCACCAAUAUUAAAAGCGAUGUUACAAGCGGUGAUACCAGCGGUGUUACCAGCGAUGUUACCGGCGCUACCAGCGAUGUUACCAGCGGUGUGUCCACCGAUAUCACCAGCGGUGUUACCAGCGAUGUUAUCACUUAUUUUACAAGCGAUGUUACAAGCGGUGAUAUCACCGGUGCUUCCAGCGAUGUUACCACUGAUAUUACUACCGAUAUGACCACAGAUGUUACCACCGAUGUUUCAAGCGAUGAUAAAAACGGUGUUACCAGCGAUCUUACCAGCGAUGUAACCAGCGGUGUUACUAGCGAUGUUACCAGUGAUGUUUCCACCGAUUUUACCACCGAUGCUUCGACAGAUGUAAGCACAGAAGAUACUAGCGAUGGUACCACCUAUAUUACCACAUACGUUUCCACCGAUGUUACCACCGCUAUGACUACCAAUGUUACAACCGAUGUUACAAGCGGUGUUAUCCCAGAUAUUACCAGCGAAGUUACCACCGAUGUUACCACCGAUGUUAUCCCAGAAAUUACCAGCGAAGUUACCAGCGAUGUUACCACCGAUUUUUCCACCGAUGUGACCAACAAUGUUUCCACCGAUAUUACCACCGAUGUUUCCACCAAUAUUAAAAGCGAUGUUUCAAGCGGUGAUACCAGCGGUGUUACCAACGAUGUUACCGGCGAUCUUACCAGCGAUGUAACCAGCGGUGUUACUAGCGAUGUUACCAGUGAUGUUUCCACCGAUUUUACCACCGAUGCUUCGACAGAUGUAAGCACAGAAGAUACUAGCGAUGGUACCACCUAUAUUACCACAUACGUUUCCACCGAUGUUACCACCGCUAUGACUACCAAUGUUACAACCGAUGUUACAAGCGGUGUUAUCCCAGAUAUUACCAGCGAAGUUACCACCGAUGUUACCACCGAUGUUAUCCCAGAAAUUACCAGCGAAGUUACCAGCGAUGUUACCACCGAUUUUUCCACCGAUGUGACCAACAAUGUUUCCACCGAUAUUACCACCGAUGUUUCCACCAAUAUUAAAAGCGAUGUUUCAAGCGGUGAUACCAGCGGUGUUACCAACGAUGUUACCGGCGGUGUUUCCACCGAUGUUACCACGGCUGUUACCACCGAUGCUUCCACCGAUGUUACCACCGAUAUUACCAGCUGUGUUAUCAGCGAUGUUACCAGCGAUUUCUCCACCGAUUUUAGCUCCGAUCUUACCACCUAUGUUACCAUCGAAGUUUCCAUCGAUGUUACCAUCGAUGUUACCAACGAUUUUUCCACCGAUGUGACCACCAAUGUUUCCACCGAUAUUACCACCGAUGUUACCACCAAUAUUAAAAGCGAUGUUACAAGCGGUGAUACCAGCGGUGUUACCAGCGAUGUUACCGGCGGUGUUUUCACCGAUGUUACCACAGAUCAUACAACUUAUGUUUCCACCGAUGUUACCACCGAUGUUAUCACCGCAAUGACCACCGAUGUUACCACCGAUUUUGCCACCAAUGUGGCCACCGAUUUUUACACCGAUAUGACCAUCGAUGUUUAA